AUGGAAGUCGACAUGUCCGCGCCGACAGACACCUUCCGCGUCACGCGAGCAAAAGGGCGCGCUCGCCCGCGUCCCCGCGCGCGAGCGAGCGACCCAGCGUUCAAACGGCCCUCGCUCGGCGGCGCGUGCAUCGCGAUCCCUGCGGCGCGCAGCCGCGGCGGCUCGGAGGACUGGGUCGUGCAGACGCGCGGGCUGAGCAUCGACGGCCCGUUGGCGGCGCACCCCGCGAGGCUGGGAGAGGUGCGGGAGGUGGUCGCUCCGGGUGCGGAGGCGGGGAGGGAGGGGGGACAGAUGAUGGAUGCGACGAUGGCGGACGAGGACGUCGCCAUGGCGUGUUCACCCCCGCGACCCCGCCUGGGGAUCGACGCGCACUCGGAGCCGGCUGUGCUGCCACUCGUAGACUCUGCUCUCCAGGGCCAGGGACUGCCGGCGGCCUCUGCGGCCUCACCCGACGUGCGGAUGGCUGCCUCUCAGUCGCACGAAGCAAGCAUGCCCUCCCGAAGACAGCGGUUCACCAUGGGCCCGCGCGCCGACUGCGAAAAGUGUCGCCUGGGUGUGAAGGGCCACUGGAUGCACUUCGAUUGA